AUGGCUUCCGCCGAAUACUAUUUAGGCAGUCAAGGAGCGCAACAAUAUCAUAGCCAGCAUCCGUCUGCUACAUACCCACCUCAACAAGCGCAGUAUCAGCAUCAACAGCCUCCAGCACAACCAUGGUCGCAACAACAGUAUAAUAACUCAUCCUACAUCAGCACCCCACCGCCCUCGUAUUCGCCAUAUGCCACUCAGCGAGGAAAUCAGCUUCAAGCAUACCCUCCAUCACAUCCGCCACAGCAGCAGCAGUACCCUGCCAAGGGUUACCAAGAAGCAGUAGCACCAUAUUUUCCACCUCCACCACAUCAGCCAAACGGCUACUUGGGCGCACCGCUACAACACGUCCGUAGCCACUCCCAGCCUGCUACUCGAGUCCGAUUUGCAGACCAAGAAUCGACUGCUCUCGGUUCAGAGACCGAAUUGGACAGCGACCUAUCUCUACGACGCAAACACAGUCACUGUCGAAGUUACGAUCGCAGGCGCGACUAUGAUCGCUCAACAGAUUUAGACCAUGAAUCAGACUACAGCGACCGAGAGCAUGAUUACUCUAGUAGCCAUCGUACCAGGGGCCACGAAAAGAAGCAUGAGGAUCGAGAUACGUUCUUAGGUGCCGGUGCUGGCGGCAUCCUUGGCGAUGCCAUCUUCCCUGGUCUCGGUACAGCAGCCGGCCUGCUGAUUGGUGGGCUUGGUGGUAGAAAAUACGCGAAGGAAAAGCGGAGCCAUAGCGAAGAAGGACGGCCUCAUCGACACCGAGACGCUUACCGCGAAGGAAGAGAGGAAGGGCGUGAUGACAGAGAACACGGAAGACAUAGACAUCGUGGUGCAUACCGUGAAGGCAAGGAGGACAGGAGGAGAGAUAGGGCUAGAGACUCUGGCUAUGGACAUGACGAAUGGGACGUAAGAAGCGGCUAUGGAAAUGCGAGGGAUGACAGGCACGGGCAGCACUACGACGGUUGUGAGGAUGGGCACAAGCAGCGCGGGAAGCACAGAAAAUAUGGCCAGCGGGGCUGGGAUGAAGACAGUGCGACCUUCAAGAGCGGCACAGCAGUACGGUAG